AUGGCGUCCUCACAGGAGAAGGCCAAGUCGGGUGUUCUGAGAAACGCCGCCGCGCUGCUCGACGAAAUGCAGCUCCUGGGAGAAGCGCAGGGCGCCAAGAAGGUGAUCAAUUCCGAGCUCUGGCACGCUUGUGCCGGGCCGCUCGUGUGCUUGCCUCAGCGAGGGAGCCUCGUGUACUACUUCCCCCAGGGGCACAGUGAACAGGUUGCUGCUACAACCAGAAAGAUUCCAAAUUCUCGCAUUCCAAAGUACCCAAACCUGCCAUCUCAGUUGCUGUGUCAAGUUCACAACACCACCUUGCAUGCUGACAAAGAUACUGAUGAAGUCUAUGCACAAAUGACCCUUCAGCCAGUAAACUCUGAAACGGAUGUAUUUCCUAUUCCAACUCUUGGUACUUAUACCAAAAGCAAGCAUCCCACUGAAUAUUUCUGCAAGAAUUUAACAGCAAGUGAUACAAGUACACAUGGUGGUUUCUCAGUGCCAAGAAGGGCUGCAGAGAAGUUGUUCCCACAACUGGAUUACUCAAUGCAACCUCCUAACCAGGAACUUAUCGUUCGAGAUUUGCAUGAUAACAUGUGGACAUUCCGUCACAUUUAUCGUGGACAGCCAAAGCGACAUCUUCUAACAACUGGAUGGAGUCUAUUUGUUGGGGCAAAACGUCUUAAGGCAGGGGACUCUGUCUUAUUUAUCAGGGAUGAGAAGUCACAACUUCUUUUGGGUGUUAGGCGGGCCACGCGACAACAAACAACAUUGUCAUCUUCUGUUCUAUCUACUGAUAGCAUGCAUAUAGGUGUUCUUGCUGCAGCAGCUCAUGCAGCAUCAAGUGGUAAUUCAUUUACUAUAUACUAUAAUCCAAGGACAAGCCCUUCGCCAUUUGUCAUUCCUGUUGCAAGGUACAACAAGGCAACAUAUAUGCAACCAUCAGUUGGAAUGAGAUUUGCAAUGAUGUUUGAGACAGAGGAGUCAAGCAAGCGCAGAUACACAGGUACAAUUGUGGGAAUUAGUGACUAUGAUCCCAUGAGAUGGCCCAGUUCUAAAUGGCGCAACUUACAGGUUGAAUGGGAUGAACAUGGGUAUGGAGAAAGACCUGAACGUGUGAGCAUAUGGGAUAUUGAAACUCCAGAAAACACUCUUGUGUUCCCUUCGUCAACCUUGAAUUCGAAGCGCCAAUGUCUUCCUGGUUAUGGAGUGCCUGGGAUGGAAAUUGGAUCAGGAAAUAUAUCAUCGUUUCAAAGGGCCCAGAGUAAUCCCUAUGGUAAUUUGCAGCACAUUCCUGCUGUUGGGUCAGAAUUGGCUAUCAUGCUUCUCAACCAAUCUGGUCAAAACCUUGGGAGCCCCCUUAGUUAUCAGCAGUCCUCAUAUUCUACUAUUAUUCAAAAUGUCAAGCAAAGCUAUAUCCCUCCUUUGGAAAUUAGUAAUUCAGCUUCUUCGAUGAAGCAAGGAAGCAUGGCUUCAGAUGAUGCACAGCACCAGUUCCAUAUGGCUAAUAUGCAGAAUGGUGAUCUUGAAAAUUCUGAAGUCCAGCCUGUCAUUGAUUCGAUUUCUGAGUCAAAGUUGAAUGUUACAUCAAGAGAUCCAAGAAACACAGAUUCAUACACAAGUCGAAGUAUUUCGGAGCAAAACAGUAAGGGUGAGCCUAGUGGCAAGACUCGUAGGAGUAAAAAGGGAAUGUCUCACAAAACCAUUUCAAAGAAAUCUGACCUUUCUUCAGCACCUUCAUGGAUCUGUGACAAUCAGCAGGUUGGUUUAGAUUCAAAACUGGUUGGUUGUGAUGAACAAGUAAAUUGUGAAAAUAUCGAAGAUUCGUCUGGUGGACUUACUCAAGGUAAUUUUGCUGGACAGCCACAUGGUCAUCAGGUUGAAGAAAACGGAGUGCUGUCACCACCAAAGGUAGAAUCAUCAAAAUCACCUGAUGGAGGGAAGUCUGUCAAUUCAUUUCCAAACCAAGGGUGUUUUUCACAGUUCAUUGAUGGUCUCGAUUGGAUGACUCAGCCUUCCUAUUACCAAGACAACAAUGUAAUUCAUUCAGCUGAUGCGUCAGAUAAUAUUUUUAGUUCAUCUGCAGAUAUACCUCCCACGAUAAUUGCUGACACUAUGGAGACUUUUCAGGCCUCAUGUCUUUCUGAGUGCCUUCCUAAUUCCAUACAAGAAUUCAUCUCCAGCCCAGAUCUGAAUUCACUGACAUUUCUUUCACCUGAGAUGCAAAAUUUGGAGGUCCAACUCCAACAUGAUGGAAGCAACUUGUCAAGUACGUCCAACUCGUUUGUACAAAUGAGCUUCUCUGAAGAGAGUGGAAACUUAAGUGGACUUCACAUGGAAUCUACACACAGAAGCAUGAACACCACUUCAUGCUCUCAACCACUGUCUACUGGGUGCUUUGACACUGGGAUGUACUCAAAGUUACCACGUUUAAAAGAAUCCCAAAUCUUGCCUUUGCCAGAGAUUCAUACCAAUUCCAUUGAAACAUCAGCCUGCAGUAUGGAUGCAACCGAGUACAGCCUUGAUCGAAGUGCAAAGCCGAUGAAACCACCAGUGCGGACAUAUACAAAGGUUCAAAAGCAAGGAUCAGUUGGAAGAUCUAUCGAUGUAACUGGGUUUAGAAAUUACCAUGAGUUGAGAUCUGCCAUUGCAUGCAUGUUUGGACUCCAGGGGAAACUUGAGCAUCCUGGCAGUUCAGAGUGGAAGCUUGUAUAUGUCGACUACGAAAAUGAUGUUCUUCUUGUUGGAGAUGAUCCAUGGGAGGAAUUCAUCAACUGUGUCCGAUGCAUCCGAAUUUUGUCACCUUCAGAAGUACAACAGAUGAGCGAGAACGGCAUGCAUGUCUUGAACGAUUGCAUCCAAGCAGCUUAGUAGUAUCUAAAUUUUCUGGAUGAAGCUCUAAAUCGAUAUAAAAGCAGUAGGAGAAAUUCGCAUGUCAGAAGAUGUAGUUCUCUGAACACGGUGCAACGGUGCAUUACUGAAUGUUAACCCGAUUUGCUGCCACUUGACAGUAGUGUUGGUGGUAGAGACUUACAGGAGACAUUUCUAGUGACAAGAGCGACUAUCUUUGUAAAAAAGGAACAAAAAAAAGGUCCAUCUUUUGCAAGAGGGCCAGGUAGGGAAGCCCAAGCAGUGUUGUUCUAACUCAUAAUGCUUCGAUGCAUUGCAAAUUCUUGUUGUGAGCUAUGUCUAGUCGAAACUUGGUUACCCUGGGAAAUGUAGGUACCUUGGGAUUUACUAGUGUUUAACUGUG